UGAUAUGCUUUUAGAGUUAACAUUAAGCUCGUCAGAUUUUUCAGGCGUUGACCUUCUACCAGGAAAGUCGCUUUCUGGUCUAGAAUAUGCCGAUGACAUAGUUCUAUUAGGUGAAGACGCUGACAAAUACAGAGUCUUCUGACUGCCACAAGCAACAAUGCAAGCACGUUCGGGAUGCGGUUCUCACCCUCGAAAUGCAAAAUGUUGAUUCAAGACUGGGUUGCAUCGGACCUGAACUAGUGAUAGGGAGUGAAGUAGUCGAACGUGUUGAUCACUUCACUUACCUGGGGAGUCUCAUCAGUGCCGAUGGCAUGGUGACUGACGAAAUCUCAGCACGAAUACAGAAGGCUCGAUUGGCUUUUGCGAACCUGCGUCAAUUAUGGUGUAGGCGAGAUAUCCAUUUGCUAACCAAACGUCGAGUCUAUUGCGCAGUAGUUCUCUCCGUCGUACUUUAUGGCUGUGAAACAUGGCCGUUCAGUGUAGAAGAUAGUCGUAGGUUGCUGGUUUUCGAUCAUAGGUGUCUCGGAAGCAUUGUUCGUGUAUUAUGGAAGAGCCGAUUAAGCAAUGCUGUUGUUAGGAAACGGGUGCUAGGUACGGAUGGUAGGUCAAUAGCUGAAGUAAUGAAACUUGAGGUGGUUGGGACAUGCGUUGCGUAUACCUAACCACCGACUGCCUCGUCGAGCUAUAUUUUACGGUGUCGGAAUAUGUUGGAAGAAAGUUCGGGCCGGCUAAACCAAAACAUGGCAGGAAUUCAUGGAGUCACUGACAAGUGGACUGAGUCAUGUCAGUAGGUGUCGACUAUCUGUUUGGGGUCCGCGAGAAGAUAAUAAUCAAUGGUUAGAGACCGUGAAUGUCAUGACUCAAAACCGUUCGCAAUGGCGCAGAGCUAUGAUUCUCAAAAUUCUGACUUGACGUGGGUAUUUGGUGCAUGUAUGUAUGAUGAAAGUAAUCUGCAAUAUACGGCCGAAAAUAUCAUCUUAUUAUUUGAACUACUAUUAUCAGGACCUGUUUGCUCAUUUAAUAUUGCCCUUUGGUCAGCUCUUGGACGGGCUUCUCUAAUGGAUUCUCAUAAUAUUUCUUGUACAUCUUAUCCGAAUUGUUUGUUUAAUAGCGACAGUUAUGUUUGGAAUACUACUUGGCAUAAUUUAUUUACUGCAUGGGCAUCACAUCGAUCACUCACGAAAAUUCAGUCUGAUGGUUGUGAUCAGCAGUAUUUUCCUUCUUUUGGUCCUCUAAGUCUUAUGGAUUUCUGUCGAAUCACCAUCAGGAGACAUAUUUUAACUAUAAUAGAUUUUCGAAGACAAGCUUACGAAACAUCUCAGACAGUGAAAUACUAUAAUUAUGCUAGCUUUAUUGCAAGGCUACCUAUUCCAGUUAAACUACGUGCUUUCUUGUCCUACUGCGAUUUAUGGCCGGAUUUGGAUAGAUCUCAAGUCAAAGUCGUUAAAACAAAUGAUUAUCAUCACAACGAAAUAACGGAUCAUAUGAUUGAAAAUGUAUUUUAUGAAAAUAGACAGUUGUAAGAAUUCACUUUUACUUAUUUCAUAUUUUUAUACUUCGUAUGAGACACAAUUGCAACUGCAAAUAUCAUUUUAUUUUUAAUUUUUCAGUUAGAGAUUGGAAAUUUUUUGACCUUUAUUGUUUUUUCCCGCCUAUUUUUUGUAUUUAUUAAUAAGAUUGCUUUCUGCAGAAUUACUUCAUUUCUAGUCUUUAUUGUUUUCUACAGAUAUGAUUAGUCUUCGAUUUUACCGAUCAAACAAUUCACUGUAUUACUACAUGUAGACCGUCAGAUCGCCCAUAACCUGAUCAACUGAAUCAAUGCAAGAAGCUUAAUAUCAGCUGACAAGCCUGUCACAUUCGUCAAUUGUAUAGGUGUUUAGAUAAUGGUCAGAGAGUCUAUCGUUAAUUUUAUAGUGAUUUUCUUUUACUGUUCCAACAUUCUGAACACAUAAUAAGC